AUGCCGCCGAAGCCAUCGCCAAAGGGGGCCAAGAAGGCAGCCAAGUCCCAGAAGAUGCGUUCGGUGGAUAAGAAGCGAAGGAAUCGAAAAGAGUCGUACAGUGUUUAUAUUUACCGUGUCUUGAAACAGGUGCACCCGGACACUGGAAUUUCGUCGAAGGCGAUGUCAAUAAUGAAUUCGUUCGUCAACGAUGUUUUCGAACGUAUAGCCGCUGAAGCAAGUCGCCUUGCUCAAUAUAACAAACGCUCAACGAUCUCAUCGCGUGAAAUUCAAACUGCGGUUCGUCUUAUUCUGCCGGGUGAGUUGGCGAAACACGCCGUAUCGGAAGGCACGAAGGCAGUAACCAAGUACACCAGCUCAAAGUGA